AUGGCCCCGCUGCUGUUGCUGGCCCUGGCGGUCACGUUGACAGUGGCGGAGGAGGAUGUUUGCACAUUGGUGCAGCCCCGCAAUUCGCGGCCGAAGAUUGCGAAUCUGGUGGCAACUCAGUCUGCGACAGCGAUGGAUGGAAGCCAAUUGACAAAGCUCAUGCGGCUGAAACAGGAGCUGUCUCAACUCAGCGGCGAGCUGGACGGCAUCCUGGGCGCCGUCGGAGGCGCCGGAAGCCGUGCCGGAAGCCAUGGAAGACGAGGACCCUCAGGAGACUUGAACAUGUUUGGCUCUGAUGGACGUCAGAACAUCAUCAUCAACAAUAGCAAGAUCUACGGCAAUGUGAUCGGCGGGAACAACGCAGCAUCGAUCACCUCGGAUUUUUUUGGAAAUAGCAUGCGCGAGUCUUCCAUCAGUGCUGGAGAUACCCAAUGGAAACACCGGGUCUUUAUGCCCAUCGGUAAUACCGAAAAAUCUGUGGAUGUCAGCGCCAACGGCACCGACAUCAACCACCACGUCAGCACCGAUCUCUUCGACGGAAACGAACACAGCCUGGGCGCCAGCGCGAACUCCCGCAGCUUCACGAGCAGUGGCGAGAACGUUGCGACGUAG